AUGGGUGAAAAUGACCAGGAGAAAGGCCCUGAGAUCAGUCUCGCUGCCAACGAGCAACCUAUCUACGCGGCUCGCCCGAAAUGUUUCACCUCGACGUUCCAGGAGUGUCUCUUCGUCUUGACGGCUACCAUGGCUAUCGGGCAACAGUCUUUUUACCAGGGCUGUAUCGUCGGUGUGACGGCAUCUAUAGGCUCGGAUUUGAAUAUGAACUCUGCCGAAAUUACUUGGAUCAACGCUGGUGCCUCUCUAAGCAGCGGCGCAUUCCUCCUAACAUUCGGCAAACUAGCCGACAUGUUUGGCCGCAAAAUACUCUUCACAAUAGGCAUGGCAGGCUUCACACUAUCCCUGCUCGUCGCCGGCUUUGCCACAAAUGCAAUCUACAUGGAUGUCUUCUCCGGCAUUCUGGGCCUAUUUGCCGCCGCCGUAGUGCCACCAGCCGUCGGCGCUCUCGGCGCCGUUUAUGAAAAGCCGUCGAAGCGCAAAAAUCGCGCCUUUGCAUGCUUCAGCGCUGGAAACCCGCUUGGUUUCGUGGGUGGUAUGAUUAUUUCGGGCGUUGCGUCGCAUGAGUACAAUUGGCGUGCUAGUUUCUGGGCGCUUUCAGUUGUCUAUGCGAUCUUUACGGCGUUGACGAUUUGGACUGUCCCUGCCGAUGACUUUGCCAGGACGCCUGUUAGUGUUGAGGCACUUAAGAGGUUUGAUUUGUUGGGGACAGGGCUGGUUAUUGUGGGCUUUGCUUUCUUUUCGAGCUCGCUUUCAUUAGCGGGCGAUGCACCCGACGGCUGGCGAACUGGCUACGUUCUCGCCUUGUUUCUCGUCGGCUUCUUCCUCCUGGUCGCGUUCAUAUACUGGCAAUCAGUCGCAACCAAUCCCCUGAUGCCACUAUGGGUAUGGAAAGACCGCAACUUCGCCCUCCUCAUGGCAACACUCUGCCUCGGCUUCAUGGGUUUCUCCUCCAUGAGCUUCUAUCUCUCCCUCUAUCUCCAAGAAGUGAAGCACCUCACCGCACUCGACAUCACAGUGCGUCUGCUCCCAAUGGUCAUCAGCGGCGUGCUAGUUAACGUCGUGUGCGGCCUAGUCAUGCACCGCGUCAGCAACAGGCUCCUUACCGGCAUUGGGGCCCUGGCAUACACAACCUCCUUCUUGAUCCUCAGCUUCAUGGAAGAAGACGCCAUCUACUGGGCUUUCAUCUUCCCGGCGAUCACCCUUGUCGUCGUGGGCGCUGAUAUCCAGUUCAACGUGACUAAUAUGUAUGUCAUGUCUUCCCUGCCGCCUUCGCAACAGUCUAUUGCCGGUGGGAUUUUCAAUACUGUUUCCAAGCUUUGCAAUAAUCUUGGUCUUGGUAUUGCUACUUCGGUUCAUAGUGCUGUUAUGAAUCAGAUGACCGAGAGCACGCCGGCCAUUAAGCCUUAUUUGGCCGUUUACUGGUUUUCUGCGGCGGGGGCUGGACUUUCGCUUGUCUUGGUCCCGUUCUUGACAAUUGGGACUCAGGGUGGACAAGGUCCCGAACCGAAGCAGUCUGUGACUGGUGACGUCGGGGGCGAAAAGACGGCUAUUGUUGAUUCUUCGGCCCCCGAGACGAGAGCGGGGUCUCCUACGGAGGCAUUCAAGACAUAA